AUGGAGAAGCAACCUGGUAAGCAGAUUACUUGGGUGAUCAAAAACUUCUCAACUUUGCAAUCCAAGAGAGUACAGUCUGAUAUAUUCGUGGUGGAUCUUUGCAGAUGGCAGAUAUUGGCCUAUCCCAAGGGAAAUGAUAAGGCUAAUCAUUUCUCUCUGUAUCUCGCCUUUGCUGGUUCUGAAUAUUUGCCUCUUGGAUGGAGAAGGCACGCUAAAUUUUCCCUUACUGUAGUAAAUCAGUUUUCGGAAAAACUGUCCCAACUUAGAGAGACGCAACAUUGGUUUGAUAAGACAAAUCCUGACUGGGGGUUUUCAGAAAUGAUUUCCCUUGACGAACUUCAUGACAAAGAAGGAUUUCUAGUUAAUGGAGAAGUAAAGAUUGUUGUGAAGGUUGAUGUUCUUGAAGUUCAAGGUAAAGUAGAUGUAUCAGAGGAAUCUUCACCAGUAAUGGAAACCAUAGAUGUCAAUGGGUUUCAAGUCCUUCCUUGGCAGGUAGAAUCUGUGAACCGUAUGUUUGAAAAACACCAAGAUAUUGCAUCAAACUUCUCAGUCAACACAACUCUUCAAAACUUUCGUCCAAAGAAUCCAUAUCUAAAGACGGCGUUCAUGAAUGUCCUCCUAAGCUUAACCCAGACGAUAUGUCAUUCGCCAUGGGAAAUCUCCAAUGAUGAUCUGGCAGAGGAAUAUGCUGCUCUAUCAUACUUGACAGCUGAGGGGUUUCAGUUGGAUUGGUUGGGGAAGAAACUUGAUGAAGUUAAGGAAAAGAAGCAGAAAGAAAAAGCUUGUUUGGCUCAGCUUCAAGAAAUGGAGGAAGAACUAAAGCCAUUGAAGCGGAAGUGUUCAGAAAUGGAAGCUCAAAUGGACACGGUGAAGGCCGAGUUGUCUGCAGCUAAAUAUCCUGUCUCCUUGUACGAUUAAGAUGUUGUCUGAAGAUUUGAGUUCUUAGGGUACUUGGAUUUAGAUUCCUAAAUGAGCUCUCUUAAAAUUAAAAACACUUGGAUAUAGAUUAUUAUUCCUUAAUUUUAUUUCUAAUCCCCUUAACAUAACCAGCAGUUCAACUUAUUGGAAAAUUCAGUACAAAGUCAUGUCAAGAUCUGACUGCUUGUGUCUACAUUCACAAUAAAAUAUUUGGUUUAAUAGAUGAUAUUCCUGAAGAGGGAUUCCGUGAGAUCAUCAACAAAAAUAGUAGGAAUCUCCAGCUAUAUUAAGAUGAGGAUAACGAGAUCUCAGAAUAAGUUCAACCAAGAAGCUUCCAUCCACAACUAACAUUUUCACAAACUCAUCACUGUUAAGUUUCACGUCUUCUGCGUAACAACUCCGAGCAUGCUCUUCCCACGUUCUUGCAACUCUAACAAGAUCCUCUAGACUAAAGUUUACUCUAGGGAGAAAGCUGUAAGUGCAAAGAUGACACCACAAUAAGUAAUGCAGAAGGUAAACCAAGAGAGACAAUUACACAAGCACACUCAAUAGCUUUAUUAGAAAUCGCCUUGUAAACCCUAUUACAAGUUCUGCUUAAUCAGCCUCGCUAGCCUGUUAACACCCUAACAGCUGCUACUGAACAAUUCCUAAGCUACCCGCUUAUGUCUCUCCACCGUCAAGUACUUCAGCCCCUACUUCAGCACGACCCAGAACACUUCCAAGCGCUUCUCUCUCUAUAAGAUCAGCCUCUGUGUCUCUGUCUCUCUACAGACGACCACAUAGCUAUCUUAUACUAACUCCACGUUCCCGAAAUCCUAGUCUCCAAGGAACCACAAUAUGGACAUCUUCCAUAUCAAUAAGUGCAACUUUCCUUUUCUUGGAAUGCACUUAUUCCUCUUCCUUUAAGUCAUAAACUUGCUCUUCAAGUUUAUUCCUUUUUGCCUUUUCUCCAAGAUACUUUCUUGCUCUCCAAGUCUGCACGACUCCAGCUCAGCAUCUCGACUCCACAUGGUCUUCAUCACUCACUACGACGUCUGCUUCAGCAACUACGUCAGCGACUACUUCAGGGCGGACAUCUUUACAUCAACAAUCUCCCCCUUUUAGCUUUGUGUGCCUAUCAAGCACAACCUUCUUCUGGUUCAACAACCACGUUCCCCACCUGGAAACUUCCACGCCAAUUGUGCUUUUCUCCCCCACGAGAUGUGCACCACACCAUGCUUUUCUCCCCCAUAAGACAAGCAUCAUCUACUUCAGGACGUCCAUCACUAUGCUCUUCUCCCCCAUGAGAUAUGCACUCCUUGGACCAGAACGUCACCAUUCUCCCCCUGCUUGAUUGCAUACUAAGCUAAAACAGAUGCUUAGAUGUCAAGCCUUACAGACACACCCGUUUGCUACUCCAUGCGUAAUCAUGAUACAGUCUCUGCUGCAGCGGAAUAGAUUACACUUACUGCAUCACGAUCUGACGCACCUGUCGAGCUACCUCUCGACUCACUUCUGUUGAGGACCAGGCUUCCUUCAUGCGUCGUCUCCUUGACCAUGAGCCUCUUCUCAACCACCCCGAGUGCCC